AUGCGCCGCCCUGGGCUCCUCCUGGCCCCGCUGCUGCCGCUGCUCGUUCUGGGGGCCGGGGGCGCUGCGGGGACCCCGGGGCCGCUCCCGGAGGACGCGGAGCAGGAGCACGGCUAUUACCUGCGGCAGCUGUUCGGUGCCUACGGGCAGAACGGCACGCUGCCCUCCGAGGGGCUGGCGCGGCUGCUGGGCAGCCUCGGGCUGGGCCGGGUGCAGGUGGUGCAGAUCCAGCACGAGGAGCUCGGCCACGGCCACGUCAGCCACCUGGACCUGCUGGAGGUGCAGCAGGACAAGCACCGGCACCGGCACCCGCUGUGGGAGCACGGCGGGGAAACGGCUCCGAGCACCGCAGGGACCCUCAGGUACCGGGGGACCCUUCAGAUACCGGGGGACCCUUCAGGUAACGGGGGGACCCCUCAGGUACCGGGGAGACCCCUCAGGUACCGGCGGGACCCUCAGGGAUGGGAACGGGGACGGGAACGGGAACAGAGCUGCCGAUCCGUUGACCUCAGCACCCCCAUUUCUCGCAGCCCCCCGCCCUCCCAGACACCGAGCUGGCCCCAAGCGGUGCCCACCGAGCCCCCCGGUGCUGCGGGGCUCCCCCGGGAGUACCGGCCCACCCUCAGCCUGCUGGGGAGGGUGCUGGGCUUGGAGCACUCCAGCGCCGACCACCCGCACGAUGAUUGCCUGAACGUGACGCAGCUGCUGGGGAAUUUCGGGCUGGACUCGGUGGCGCAGCUCACACCGGAGCAGUUCACGCUGCUCUGCCCGGCGCUGCUCUACCAGAUCGACAGCCGCGUCUGCAUCCGGCACCGCGAUGAGGUGGCGCCGCCACCGCCGGGGGGGGCCCUGUGGCCAGCUCUGGGCUGGGCGCUGCUGGCCGUGCUCUCGGUGAGCGUCCCGUCCGUGCUGGCCGUGCUGCUGCUCCCGCUGCGCGCCCGCGGCUCCUUCCGCUCGCUCCUCGCCUUCCUGGUGGCGCUGGCCGUGGGGACGCUCUGCGGGGACGCGCUGCUGCACCUCUGGCCGCACGCUCAGGGGAAGCACCCGGAGGCUCCGGGGGACGCGAGCCCGGCGGUGCUGCAGGGGCUGGCGGUGCUGGGCGGCAUCUACGCGCUCUUCGUGCUGGAGCUGCUGCUGGCGAUGCUGCGGCGCCGCCGGGAGGCCACGGGACACUCCCAUGGAGAGACCCCCGGCCUGGCACCGUCACGGGCAGGCACCGAGCUGCGGCUGCUGGCGGUACCGGAGGCGGAGCUGGAGCCGAGACCGCCGGGACCCCCCCACGGGCACUCGCACGGCCCCGCGCUGCCCCCCGGGCCCGGUGCCACCGACAUCGUGUGGAUGGUGGUGCUGGGGGACGGCGUGCACAACCUGAGCGACGGGCUGGCCAUCGGCGCCGCCUUCUCGCACAGCCUCCCCAGCGGGCUCAGCACCGCGCUGGCCGUGCUCUGCCAUGAGCUGCCCCACGAGCUGGGUGACCUGGCGCUGCUGCUGCGGGCGGGCGCUGCCCCGCGCUCGCUGCUGCUGCUCUCGCUGCUCUCGGCGCUGCUCUCGUGCCUGGGGGCGGGGGCCGGGGUCGCCCUGGGCCGCAGCGGGACCCCCCUGGCCCCCUGGCUGCUCGCGGCCACCGCCGGCGUUUUCCUCUACGUGGCCUUGGCCGACAUGCUCCCCGAGGUUCUGCGCGGCUCCGCCGAGGGCACCUGGGGCCGUUUCGCGCUGCAGAACGCGGGGUUCCUGCUGGGCGCUGGCAUCAUGCUGGGCAUCGCCCUGGCCGAGGGGCACCUGCGCUCCUGGCUGCAGCCCUGAGGGAC